AUGGCGGCCGCGGAGGAGCCCGAGGUGGACGUCGAGGGCGACCCGGCGGCCGCGCCCGGCGAGGCGGCGACCGGAGAUUAUGAAAAUUCAGCAUCARGCUUGCUGCAGGAUCACUACCUUGAUUCGUCUUGGAGAAACGAUAACAAUAUCCCAUGGACAUUGGACAGCAGCAUUAGCGAAGAAAACAGGGCUGUUAUCGAGAAGAUGUUGCUGGAGGAAGAAUAUUAUCUAUCUAAUAAAGCAAUUUCUGAAAAAAUAUGGCCCAAUCAAAAGGAAGCGGAAAAAAGAUCUGUGAGAAGUCCACAUAAGAAAACUGGGAAAGUCAUGGUGCGUUCACCUACAAAGCCAGCUAACUCCUCUUUGAAGUGGACAUCACAAGAAAAAGAACUGUUUGAGCAAGGACUGGUGACAUUUGGGCGCCGAUGGACAAAAAUCGCCAAGUUGAUCGGAAGUCGAACUGUUCUGCAAGUGAAGAGCUAUGCUAGACAAUACUUUAAGAACAAGGCRAAAAAUGAUGAAUCUGGAAAAGAAGAGCAAAGUGGAUGUGGUAGCAGCCAUCUUUCUCUUGAAGAUAGAACGAGGGUAGAAGCAUUGUCACCUGGAAGCUUGAGAGGCCGUGCAGACCCCAAUCUGAAUGCAGUGAAAAUUGAAAAACUGUCAGAUGAUGAAGAAGUAGACAUAACUGAUGACAUGGAUGAUGAACUGCUUUCUCCUGCUUUCCUGCARGAAGCUGGAAAAUCUGACCUAUCUGUUCUUUCCCAAAGUCCAGUUCAAGAAAUGAGAGGGAAGGAAUGUGGGUUUUCAUCUAUUGGACACAAUUCUGCAAUUUCUUUACCRACAGAAGUUCAUCAACGUACCGCGCAAGUAUGCACCAUGGAAGCAUUAGUAUUUCCAGAUGUUGCAGCAACAUGUUCUCAGCAUGUGAACGGUGAUAGAUCUGUAAAUAUAGAUUAUCAGCAAUGUAACAAAUCUAUUGAGAAAGCUGAACAGACUGGAASAGUAACAUCCUGUGCUACUGGGCAGGUAGCUAAUCAGGAGCUCAGUGAAGUACAGAGGGACUUGGCUGGAAAUGGAUUGCUUUUCAGUUCUCCAUGCCAGGUGGAUGAAGAGCAUCAAGAAGAGGCAGAAGAUCUUAAGCCACCUGAUCAGGAAGUGGAGAUUGAUAGAAAUAUUAUUUUAGAUGAAGAAAAACAAGCUAUUCCUGAAUUUUUUGAAGGACGCCAGGCCAAAACACCAGAGCGUUACCUGAAAAUUAGAAAUUAUAUUUUGGACCAGUGGGAGAAAUGCAAACCCAAGUAUCUGAAUAAGACUUCAGUACGUCCAGGCCUUAAGAACUGUGGUGACGUUAACUGUAUUGGACGGAUACACACAUACUUGGAAUUGAUAGGAGCAAUUAACUUUGGCUGUGAACAGGCUGUCUAUAACAGACCACAGCCAGCUGAUAAAACACGCUCCAAGGAAGGCAAGGACACAGUGGAAGCCUACCAGCUUGCUCAGCGUUUGCAGUCCAUGCGCACGAGAAGACGACGAGUGCGAGACCCUUGGGGAAAYUGGUGUGAUGCUAAGGAUUUGGAAGGACAGACAUUUGAGCACCUUUCUGCUGAAGAAUUAGCAAGAAGAGAGGAAGAAAAGCUUAAACCUCCAAAGUCUUCUAAAGGUUCAAGACAAGUAAAAAGUUCCUUUGAUCCCUUUCAGCUGAUACCAUGCUGUUUGUUCACAGAAGAAAAACAGGAACCUUUUCAGGUGAAAGUAUCUUCAGAAGCACUUCUAAUAAUGGAUUUGCAUUCUCAUGUGUCUAUGGCAGAAGUAAUAGGGUUGCUGGGUGGAAGGUACUCUGAGGAUGAUAAAGUUGUUGAAGUUCGUGCAGCAGAACCUUGCAAUAGUCUCAGCACAGGAUUGCAAUGCGAGAUGGAUCCAGUAUCUCAAACUCAGGCCUCGGAAGCGCUGGCAGCCAGAGGAUAUAGUGUUAUUGGAUGGUAUCAUUCCCACCCAGCCUUUGAUCCCAACCCCUCAAUAAGAGAUAUUGACACUCAAGCUAAAUAUCAGGGUUAUUUCUCCAGGGGUGGCGCCAUGUUCAUUGGAAUGAUUAUAAGUCCUUAUAACCGCAAUAAUCCUCUUCCGUAUUCUCAGAUUACUUGCCUCGUCAUUAGCGAUGAGAUCAGUUCUGAUGGCUCUUACCGCCUGCCCUACAAGUUUGAAGUACAGCAGAUGUUGGAAGAACCUCAGUGGGAAUUAGUAUUUGAAAAAACAAGAUGGAUAAUUGAAAAGUACAGAUUCUCUCCUAGCAAUGUCCCCAUGGAUAAAAUUUUUCAUCGGGAUUCUGACUUGACAUGUUUGCAGAAACUUUUGGAAUGCAUGAGGAAGACUUUGGGCAAGGUAACAAACUGCUUCAUUGCUGAAGAGUUCUUGACACAAAUAGAAAACUUGUUCCUUUCCACCUACCAAAGUGAGAGAAAGAGUAAUGCUGAAGAAAAUGAGAAUGAAUGCUCAAAUGAAUUGCCAGUGUGACGACUUUAACUACAAUGRCAAAAAGAGACUAUGAAAUCCUGAAUCUGUAGUCCCUCCUUCCUCCUCCCUUAUGUCAACUCCUUCAGUAUCCUUGUUUAAAAUAACAGUUGCAGCAUCUGGUGUAUUUGUAUUGUUAUAGGUAGAAGAUGUUUAAAAAAAUUGUGUCUUCUGACUCCGUGAGGGGCUUUAAUGUUCUGUAAAAAUGGGAAUGUCAGAGACAAGGUUUUAAUUGACCAGCAGUUUAUGAUAUGGGGAAAAAGGACAAAUGGUGAAGAACACGGUUUCCAUCCCAAAUGAGCAUUUGUUCUCCCUCAAGUUUGUUGGUUUGGGAAUUUUUUCCUAUUUUUUUAUCUACAGAUGCAGACUAGAUAAAUACCAGCUAUAUGUACACAAAAAGAAUGAAUAUAUUCUGUAAUGCUUUAGGGACUGUAAAUUUGAAUCAAUUCACAAAAGAGAAACCACUUUACUGAAACACAGAUUUUGUAAUUCAUUGCUUUUAAAUUUCCCUGCUAUCUGAUCUGAAGUUUUCUUCUUUGGUUUCAUACAUUGUCUAGUUUGGUUUUCUUUGACCCCAGAGGUAAGUAGCUUUGGGGCACGGUCUCAGCCAUCUUUUUAUAUACGUGCAUGAAAGGCCGGUGGUCUUUCACGAUUCCUUAUUUUGCGUUGUUCUURUUUCCAGUGGAAAUGAUGACCUCUUUCUUACAGGUAGUGUUGUGUCUGAUCUUCCCGUUUGCAGGGAGAUGCCUUGUUCUGUCACGUCGUUGUGAUUUGUAGCUUCUAAUUGCCACUGUUUCCUGUGGAAACAAGAGCUCCUGACUUGAUUUCAUAUGGCAGACUAAGUGCCAUUUUGCAGCAAGCAGAGAAGUAUUUGUAUUAAAAAGUUUGCAAUAUAGGAUUUUCUAUUCAGACCGUCUCUCCACAAUGUGCAAUUUAACAAGAGAAUAUAUUAUUUUAUAUCAGUUCUUCAGUUAGAAUUUCAUACAAAUAUGUAUUUCGACAAAUUAGUCAUAAACAGCAUUGACCCUGAUGGAGGUUUUCUUGAUUGCAACUUGCAUCUCAUGAGUUUAUAUCACUGUGAAUUUUUAUAGAAAAAUGUACUUUACAUUUUGCUUUAUCCAUYGUGAAGCUUACUAUAUACACAAUUAACUUUGACAGUGUUUC